CUACAUUCGGUAAAACCGCAAGAAGAGAAGGGGGAAAAGGGAUUUUAGCAGAAAACAGGGUUUGUACGGUAGCUAGCAACGACGAAUUGUUUUUGAAGACUGAAGAAGAAGAGGAAAAGAAAUGGGUAAAGGUAAUCCACAGAAAUCUGGUACCGGCGGCGACCUUCAUGCGGCGGCAAGGUCCGGCGAUCUCAUAUCAGUUCAGUCAAUUUUGAUUUCAAAUCCAUUGUCCGUCAAUUCCAGAGAUAAGCAUUCCAGAACACCACUACAUUUAGCAGCAUUUGCUGGGCAAACUGAGGUAGUCAGUUACCUCUGCAAGAACAAGGCUGAUGUUGGUGCUUCCGCUAUGGACGACAUGGCUGCAAUACAUUUUGCGGCACAAAAGGGUCAUUUAGAAGUUGUUAGGGCUCUGGUUUCGGCUGGUGCCUCUUUUAAAGCCGCUACUCGGAAAGGCAUGACACCAUUGCACUUUGCUUCUCAAGGUUCCCAUCUGGAGCUUGUCAAGUAUUUGGCUAAGAAAGGGGCGAGUCUCGGUGUUAAGACAAAGGCGGGAAAGACUCCGUUGGAUCUUGCUACCAAUGAUGAAGUACGCAAUUUUCUGGAGGGGUUUGUGAAUUCAGAUAAGAAUGGAGAAUCGAAAAAUGGAGAUAAAGCCGAAGAAUCCAAUCCAAAUGUAGCUGAAGAAUCUGAUCCGAAAGAAAGUGAAGAAUCUAGUCCAAAGGCAGCUGAAGAAUCUGACCCAAAGGCAUCCUCCUCUUUGGGAUCCAAAGGUGAUGAACCUCCUGCAGCUGCUGUUGAUGAAGAAGACGGAGAAAAAGAGAAGAGGAAGUUUAAUGAGAAUGAUGCAAUAGAAGACUCAUCAAAACCAAAAAAGGCAAGAGUUAAGCUAAGCCACCUUCAAAGCUCCGAUGAUGUCGAAGAAGAAGAAAGCUGAAAAAACCUGUAGGUUAGAGGCAUAAUAGAAUGAAAAUGUUGUUCUCAUAGCUUGUAAUAGUAUCUGAUUUAUAAUUUUAGUCCCUUUGUUGGGUUGGUAGGUUGGAACAUCUAUUGACAGUUUAAUGAGACCUUUUCUGAAUCAACAUAAUUUUAUCAUCAA